AUGCAAUCUUCCAUGCUAAAAAUCUCCUUACUCACCCUUUUAGGUGUCUCCAUCGCCCUUCCUACCCAGCCUGCUUCAGCAAACAAUAAAACACUUGAGGAGAGGCAGAUCUUCCCAGACUACAUAUGCUGUGACGGCGGCUGCCUAUACGAGAUUAUUGGUGAUGGGGAUCCACACACAGACUAUCUCCACAGACAGCUGACGCAAAUAAUCAACUGCAAAGGAGGUCCUGGGGCCGAUGGCUGCUCUGGGUCAUAUAACGAAGGCAAUUCCUUUGCCUAUACAGUCACGGGAGGAGCAGCUGUUUCGUUCUUCAAUGGCGGAUUCUCAGUAUCAGAAACCUGGAGCGAGUCGGAAACAUAUACCUGCAUGGGAAAGGAAGAUGCAGAUGCUGUCUGUAUCUGGUAUGAUAUGGCUUAUACAUCAUACACAGUGCAGGUUGUGAAUAGAGAUCGAGUUAUGGAGAGCUGCUCCACGCAGCCCCUUGGACCACUAGUCAUGAGUAGCCCUAACACUAACAAUAAAGGUGGUGCAGGCUACUAUUGUGUCUAUGGCCAAGAAUACUGUCGUGAUAAAGGUUCUGAGUAUUGGUGCUUGACUAAUGAUGAUUGUUGA